AUGUCUGGAAAGAGAACGCAACAUUCAGAAACAGCAGUGUCUGGCUCUAAGAGGUCGAGGGUCGAGGAACAAGCUCCGACGCAAACACGUGAUAGUCACGCUUCUGGUGAUCCGGAAGGUGCUGAUGGAGGUAAGGAUCGCAAUGAAGUUUCCACCAAACUCGAAGAAAACGAUAGCAACAAUAAGCCGGAAGACAAUUCUGAGAAGGAGAAGAUUAAUGGCGAUGAGACUGACUCUACUGUCCUGAGUGCCGUUAGUGCUGCUGCCACGGCCGCUGCGGCAACUGCCGCUGCCGUUGAAGCCAAUGUGGCCGCAAAGUUGGAAGCAGCAUUGCCACCACAUUCUGUUAAUGCAACUUUAACCGUUCCCCAAGUUACUCAGCUUCCUCCGGAGAUGGGAAAGCCUGCCCAUGGAACUGAGGAAUGGCAUCGGUUGAGAAAGUUGAACCAUAAGGAGGUUGAAAGAAGAAGAAGAGAGUCAAUAAAUAUGGCCAUCCAUGAGCUUCAGGACUUACUACCUACCCACAAUAGUAAUAAAUCGCAGAUUAUCAAGCGUGCUGCUGAAUACAUUCGAAGAUUGAAGGAGAAUGAGAGUGCCAACAUUGAGAAAUGGACUUUGGAAAAGCUAAUCAUGGACCAAACAGUCAACGAGUUGGCCAAUUCCAACGAGAAACUUAAGAGUGAAUUGGAGAAGGCUUACAGAGAGAUUGAGCACUGGAAGAAGGUAUUCUUCGACACUCAGAAAGAGAUCGACAGACUUAAAAAGCUCAACAAUGCCGAGAAGAGCUAA